CCUCCAGCAUCACCGGCAUCCCCUGUUCACGGUUAUCCUCUGGAAAAUGAAAAGGUGGUUGUUGUGCUCACAGCAUGCAAAUGAUCUCUAGCAGGAAGGCAGAGCAUGGAAGAGCUCAAACAGCCCAGAGCCGUUAGACACAUGGGCAGAUGUGCACGGACUGCCUGACUCACACUCAAGGUUGCACAAGCAAGAUUUCAAAAUAAAUCCUGCUCUGAAGACCUCAACCCAGGGGACAACGUUCCUGGCUGGAAAAGAAGAACUAUAUGUUUCUGAUUUUUUUUUCAGAUCUUUACCAUUGCUUGCCCUUGUAUCCCCGCCUUCUCUUUGUGGAGGAAACUUUAUUUCCUACUUCUGCACACCAAACCUCUACCUCCAGAUCUGCCCGAUUCGGUUGCUGAGAAGCCUGACACGCCCGUGUCGCCUGGGAGAAGCCAUCCACCGAACAGGCAGCUGGCGGGCAUGCACCCGGCUCCCCAGCUCACCCACAACAUGCUGUCCACGUCUCACUCCCUGCUGACGAGAAGCGACCUCAGCAGCCCCGAGGAAGCCACCACCGUGUUCGACUACGACAGCGAGCCCUGUCACAAGACCGACGUGAAGCAGGUGGCAGCCCAGCUCCUGCCCCCACUGUACUCGCUCGUGUUCGUCUGCGGCUUCGUGGGCAACCUGCUGGUCGUCCUCAUCCUGAUCAACUGCAAGAAGCUGAAGAGCAUGACUGACAUCUACCUGCUCAACCUGGCCAUCUCCGACCUGCUCUUCCUGCUCACCCUCCCGCUGUGGGCUCACUACGCCGCUGCCGAGUGGGUCUUCGGAAGUGCUAUGUGCAAGCUGUCCACGGGGAUGUAUCACAUGGGCUAUUUCGGUGGAAUCUUCUUCAUCAUCCUCCUGACCAUCGACCGGUACCUGGCUAUCGUCCACGCCGUGUUUGCCUUAAAAGCCAGGACGGUCACCUUUGGGGUGGUGACAAGCGGGGUCACCUGGGUGGCGGCCAUAUUUGCCUCGGUCCCGGGAAUCUUGUUUACCAGGUUCCAAGAAGAAGAUUCUCGUUACACCUGUGGCCCCGAUUUUCCACUCAGCUGGAAGAAUUUCCACACCAUCAUGAGGAAUAUCUUGAGCCUGGUCCUGCCGCUGCUGGUCAUGGUCGUGUGCUACUCGGGGAUCCUGAAAACCCUGCUGCGGUGUCGGAACGAGAAGAGGAGGCACAGGGCUGUGCGGCUCAUCUUCGCCAUCAUGGUGGUUUACUUCCUCUUCUGGGCACCCUACAACGUCGUCCUCCUCCUGAACACCUUCCAGGAGUUCUUCGGCCUGAAUAACUGUGAAAGCAGCGGUCAGCUGGACCGAGCCAUGCAGGUGACGGAGACGCUGGGCAUGACACACUGCUGCAUCAACCCCGUGGUCUACGCCUUCGUCGGGGAGAAGUUCCGGAGCUACCUCUCCGCGUUUUUCCGGAAGCACGUCGCCAAACGCCUCUGCAAACAAUGUCCGGUUUUCUACAGGGAGGCAGCAGAUCGAGUGAGUUCAACGUACACCCACUCCACUGGGGACCAGGAAAUCUCUGCUGGUCUGUAGGGUGGACAGCCGUCGGCUUGCCCUGUUCAAGGAAGGUAGCAAUCUGUACAUAGUGACAAGCCUCGAGGGCUUGUUGAAGAAUACAGACCUGUAAAGUAGGUACGCAGGAACCUCAGGGCUGUGUGCACCAAGACAGACUCGUGUCACUCCCCGUGCAUCCAGCAUGUGCUCAAGGAACAGUCUAGAACGACUGUGGGCGGAGACGCUGACUCUCCAGCAAGCUCAUCUCGGUUCCUGGAAGAUGCCUCCCUGCCUAGUGUUCAUGCCCCCUUUCCAGUCUGUGCUAUUCCCCCAGUCUCUGAUUCUACCAAUCUUUUAUAACCACAACAAGAACAAGAGGAAAAUCAGAGUGAGGGCUCUGGGGCGUGUCCUCAGGGCGGAGGCGGAGCCUGGAGAAAAGGUGACAGAGUCCCCUGCUUUGAAAAUCGCACUCCCAGCCUGUGACUCCCGGUGUCUAAAUGACCAGGCAGAGCGGGGCUUGGCGAGGAAGAUUCUAGAUGGGCUGGAAAAAUUUUUUUCCAAUAACGUACCUCCCAGCACCUCACUUUUGGAUGAAAGCAUGGCACUCAGACUUUUGGAUGAAAGCAUGGCCGGCUCUGCCUCUGACUCCAGUUUCCUGCUAACGCAGACCUUGGGAGGCAGCAGAUGAUGGCGCAAGUGCUUUCCUAUGCUACGGAGCCAGGACUGAAUCAUCCUUUCAUGUUCGGGUGCUUUGCGGGCAUCGCUGUGCACAAAUCGACCCCAUUCAGCCGGCGGGGAAUUCCAAAUCAAGCCAGCUCCUAAUCACCUAGGUCAAGGCCUACCUGUAAGAAGGGAAGUUGGAGAGCCUCACUCAAGAACGCAAACGCUUUCCUCUUAUUGAGGCCAGCCAAGAAGUUUCCUGCAGGCUACCCAGCGCAUUCCCAGCCCAACCCAAGCAGCAAACACCCGGCUCCUGGCCGCCAGUGGCUCAGGAACUUGAAGUCACUAUGGCUCUACUUUCUUGCCACCUGGCUAGAGAAAGUUUCAGAAAAAAAGGCGGGUAGGGGGCGGGUAGGGGGCGGGUCCACCCUCGGAUGUUUGUAUUAUCCUGAUGAACGUGUACGAUUGCAUUUCGAUCAUGAGGCCAUGUAAAUACUGUAUUAACAAACUAUGACUUGGAAAGCAAAUCCAGGCUCUAAUCACACUGUUAAAAAUU